AUAAAGUUAUCUCCCUUAGAAAAAUUUGGGUAAACAGAAAAAAAUAUAUAUCAACAUAUCAACUUUAAAUUCUAGAAAUUAAAAUAUGUCUGACAGUGAAGAAGAUGAUAUCCCUGACCUUGUACCAGCAGAGAAUAACAGAGUACCUAUUACAAUUAUCACUGGCUUUCUAGGAUCAGGGAAAACAACUUUAUUGAACUAUGUCCUCACUGAGCAGCAUGGGAAAAAGAUAGCAGUUAUAAUGAAUGAAUUUGGUGAAGGUGAUUCUAUAGAAAAGUCCAUGUCAAUAGGACAGGAAGGGGAACUGUUUGAAGAAUGGUUAGAACUCAGAAAUGGAUGCCUUUGUUGUUCUGUUAAAGACAAUGGAGUCAAAGCUAUAGAAAACUUAAUGACAAAGAAAGGAAAGUUUGAUUAUGUAUUAUUAGAAACAACAGGCCUUGCUGAUCCAGGUCCUAUAGCUUCUAUAUUUUGGUUAGAUGAAGAGUUGUGCAGUGAUAUAUUUCUAGAUGGUAUCAUUACAGUAGUUGAUGCUAAAUAUUGUGAAAAGUAUCUUAAUCAAAAGAAGAAGGAUAACACUAUUAACGAGGCAACUAGGCAGAUCGCCAUGUCAGAUGUGAUAAUAAUUAACAAGAUAGAUCUGGUUGCAGAAGAAGAAUUACAUCAGCUUAAAUCUAGAAUCAGAAAUAUAAAUAGUUAUGCCACCUUUUUAGAAACAGCACAGUCCAAAACUGAUUUAAAUAAUAUACUUGAUCUGAAUGCAUAUGAUGGUAAAGGUAAAAAUAGUUUAGAAGAUUUGUUUAAAACAAGAGGAUAUUCAACAGACAAUUUACAUAAAAUUGAUGAGGAUGUUGGUACACUAACUAUAGAAUGUAAAGGUUGUAUGAAUAAACAGUUGUUUGACAAAGCUAUACAGAAUAUAUUGUGGGACAAAAAUACUAAAAACUCAAAUGGACAUGUGAUGGAAAUUCUUAGGUUGAAAGGUUUGUUAUCUACUUCAGAAGAUAAACGUUUAGUAAUACAAGGAGUACAAGAACUAUAUGAUUCAUUUUAUACAACACCAUGGGAAAAAACAGAGGACAGAAUUAAUAGAAUUGUUUUUAUAGGGAAGAAUUUAGAGCAACAGAUUUUAGAGGACAUUAUAUUUAAAUGUGUAACAGAUUCUCCAGCUAGCUGACAAGUAUCAGGAAUGAUAGAAUUCACUGCAACAUUGUCAUAGAAAAACGACUUUUGAUUUAUUCUACACAGAGUUUUUUUAUUGGUAUUAUUACAAAUAACUUUAAAGGGAAAUAUACAGGAAAUACGGGAAACAAUGUUAUGAAUGGUGAACUUGCCACCUUCUUAUAACUUUCGAAUUUAUAUUUCUUUCAUUUCAUAUGAAAACAUCUUUUGAUAAAUUUGUUUUGAUUUUAUAUUCAAGUUUUGGAGUCCUGCAUUAUUAAACAUGGACAUAUUC